GCAGGUCACCGGGGAGCGUGCGUGUGUCGCCGUGUUGUCGGUGCGCUGUGUCUGUACUGUGCGGUCGCGAUCGUGUGGUGCGCUCUACCAGACAAUGGAUAACGGCGGCGGGGCCGCGCUCGAGGAUAUCGACUGCAAGAUCGUGCUCGUGGGUGACUCCAAGUGUGGCAAGACGGCGCUCGUCGAGAGAUUCGUCUCGGACAAGUUUGUCGAGGUGUACACACCGACUGGCUUCGAGAAGUAUGGCUCGACGUACAACGUGGCGGACUAUAGGAUACACUUUGCCGUGUGGGACACGUCUGGCUCACCGGCUUACGACACUGUGCGACCACUGGCCUACCAGGACGCCAAGGUGUUCCUACUCUGCUUCAGGGUCAGUGACCCAGACUCCCUCGACAAUGCCGUCAACAAGUGGUACCCUGAGAUCCGGCAACACUGCGAUAAUACACCGGUGAUCCUGUGUGGCUGCCAGAGUGACCUCCGCACAGACCCUACCACCGUCUCCAGCCUCGCCAAGCAGAGGCGCACACCUGUCUCCUCUGAACAGGCAGUGUCAGUUAGCCGGACAAUCGGUGCGACGACCUAUGUGGAGACAUCUGCAAAAGGCGCGAUCAAGGCAGUGAGAGAUGCCUUUGAAGUUGCAGCACUGGCGGCCCUAGGCAAGCUGAACAAGAACCACGCACUGAUGCUCCAGCAGCGUGCCAAGGGGCACCCCUGCAAGAGCAAGCUGGACCUCCGUGCUGAGCUCAAGGGCCGUGCCAAGAGCUGCUGCCUCAUGUGAUGGUUCGCCAGAGGCGAGCCCACCCACCCGUCCACCUCAUGCUCGCCACCCGAGGGAGACCUGCACAACACAAACUUCUGAACGAUCAUCUCUGUUUGCAGGUCCAGUGUUCGGCCAAAGAACUGAAACUAAAGUAACCACCGCUGUGGGAGCAGCACACUGAGACCUGCUUCUCAAAGGAGCAAUCUGUAGGAGAUGAACCUCUGAACAAUAGUCUUUGUUGAUAGCAUGUGUAUUUGGCCAAAGACAUGAAAUUGAUAUGACACACUAGAGUGUGACACACUAGAUACCUCUUCUUCAAUGGACCCUGAUCUCAUUUCCAGUCAUGUCUGCAGUCAGCUUGCCAAAAAAGGAAAUGAGAACUAUAAAGCUGUAAGAACUUGAACUGUAUCCUAUGUAGCAUUGUUGUUACUUCAAGGAGGAUUGCCCACUUGUACUUAGACUCCUGGUGUCUAUCUGCCACUGUGCUGUAAACAAUAUAUGUCAAUAUUAUGUUUCUCCAGAGAUGACCCAUUCCUCCAAUCUCCAGCCUCUCUCAAUCACGAUUGUUACACUAACAUAGGCACCUCUAGCUUUCUGGAGCAAUCUAUCGACUUAGGGGUGUCUGGAAUCAUAAAAACCAUGAUUGCAUGACCAUUCAUCAAUGCCUGGCUGCGUAUGCAAAGUAAAGAUCCAGUUAUAUUGCUACUCAUCUGUCAAUGAAAACCAUUCAGGACACCACGUUUUGGCGUCAUAUUAUUCAUCAUGUUGUUUCACAAAAAUAAUGGCACUUUGUAUCCACAAAACAUCAUUUAAAUUAAAAUAUUUACAUUUCUUUGUUAUCUUCUCUCAGUAGAAAAUCUGUGUAAAUAUUUUUUUGUAUAUUAUUUCAAUUCUAAGGAAAAUAUUUGCCAGUAAUAAUUAAGAACUUGCAACAGAACAAUGUACAAUUUAUCUAUAAAUGGAAUGUGACAUUUUAGGAACUGAUCUGCUUCAGAUCUUGACACACAAUAGCAACCACAUCGCUAGUCUGAGCAGCGAGUUCAUUAAUUUUGAGCCCACACCAUCAUUGGUCUCUACUGACACUGUCAAAGAAAUGUCGUAAUUUUGAUAUUAUCAUCACUCUAGCUCCAUAUUUUGACGCCAGUUAAUUCUGUUUUGCAGAGACAGGUAGCAAAAAGGGAAGCUGAACCAUAGUUAUUAAAUUUAUAAGCGGCUACAUUUCUUCCAUAAUGCACCUCUCAUUAUUAUGAUGAUUCGUUAAUUUGUUUGUACUGUCAUAACUUCAAAAAUAUCAGAGACAAGGAUGGAGAUAGCUCUGUAGACAUGAGUUAGUAUUCUGCAGUGUGAAGACAGACCUUUUCACUACAGUCAACAAUAUUCUAGUGUUUAAUAUCUUGUGGUCUUGAAGACAUUAUGGAUUUUGCUACAAUACUCAUCAGCUUUUUCGUAGUUACUUUGUAGAAUUGCCAGAGAAUUGAUUAAAUUAGCUGUAGAUGGUGUAUGGCUGUGAGGCAGACUCUGAACGUGCUAUCUUUGUCUGAUAACUACGAUUUUAAUGAUUAUAGAAUGUAAUAACAGAUAAAUGCUGUCAAGGUUCUUGUUGUUAUUGUCAGUACUGGAAAUUUUUAAGCAGAACCUUCAUUGUGGAGUAUGCUACCAAUACAGCACCUUUGUGAAAUACCUCUAUUAAUGCAACUGGUUUCAGAAUAUGUUCAUUCGAUGUUGGUAUUAUAUGGGGUAACCUUUUGACCUUUCCCCAAACACAAAACACCUUAUUUAUAGUCUGUACCUGGCCAGAGGUAACGGCAUAUAUAUGAUGAAAUGGAAUAAACACAUUGAAAAACCACUUUCAUUAAUACAGAAUUUAAGUUACUGCAGAGGCUGUGUACUGAUAAUAUACGCCAAGUGAUAAGCAGCUGCAACUACUACAACCACAGCAUGAAGAAAAAAUGCUAAAAUUGCAUCUGUAAUGAUAUAUAGUUCAUAACACAUUCACUUUAUUGGCAGUACUGAAUUAGUAUAUAAAGGUUUUAGAUAUUGUGUAUUUUUAAAUUCUUUGUUAUUAGUAAUUUGUGACAGUCAUCAGAAAGAUCCAUGUGGGAAAUAUAUCUGCAAGUUGCAAUACUUUUUUGCAUAACAGUUUAUAGAAACUAUUAUUAAUGGAAAAAUAUUAAAGAUAGGAACACUCUGUGUAAUUUUUUCUAACAAUUACUCAUAUUUUAUUUUUAUUUUUGGAGACCAUCUGUAUGUUUACUAAUAAGACGUUUUGUCCAUUCUUAGAAAGAAUUAAGAACAACCAUAUAGACACCACACCAUACAAUAACUGAACAAGCCAAUACAUCAUUUACAACUGACUUGGAGAAGAUGUAAGAGCACUCAUAUGUGCCUGAUUAUCAAUGUUUGGGAAACGUUUUUCAAUAGAAAUAUGCAAGCAAUGAAGUACCAGUAGUAUGCACUGAAACCAACAUUUUAAUUACCAUAACAUACAUUUAUUAUAUUUUUAAUUUAUUAUUGUGUAAGAGGGCUUUAUUCAUUUUGAUUUCACAGUAAAAAUUUAAUACUCACUACGUGAGAAGUGCUAAAGCCUUAUAGUUCUAAAUUCCAAAGUAAAGAUUUGUCAUAUUUUGAUCCAGUUAUCAUAUGAUAUAUAGUAAUGUUAAAUCAUUAAUGAAAGGAAGUUCGCUUGAGACUGAAAUUGGAGAUCUUUAUUUUAGUUUGUUAUCUGCUCAAAUAAAAAGAGUGUUGUUCCAAAAUUAUUGUAACUGUUCUACAUUAUUAUCUAAUUAAAAGGAAAAAUGCUUAAAUGCACAAUUUUUGUAUGUGGAAAAUAUAACAUUUAGAUUUGUACUUGAAUGUAUCUUAUAUCAAUUUAAAAAAAUCUGAGGUAACAAGCGAUUUUUGAUGUUACCUUCCGUCCUUAUAUCAUAAAUACAUGUUGUUGUGCGCACAUGAAUGGAUUAGUUGUGAAACUGUUUUAAUAAAUAGUUAUUUACUGAGAGAAUAUGCUUUCCAGAGAUUGUUCACUCUUUUAAUACAGAGCUGUGAAGCAAGUAGUUGUCAUGUAGCAAAAACACGAGUAUUAAAGAUAAUUUAUCUAUAACUUCAUAUGGAUGUUUAAGUAAUGCACUGUUACAGAAGGAGAAAAUUAGUGUCUUAAUUUAACAGAUAGAUAAAUUGAAAGAAAACUUAGUUUUUUAUACAUGUAAAUGUAAAUUUCAGAGUGUAUGUUAAUGGUAAUAUUUGUAUCACAUUAUAAUACUCUUCAAGAAAAAAUGAACUGCUGAAGUAAAUGGUCUAGAUUUUUAAUAGUUAUUGUAACCGUGCAUAAAGGAGAUGGUUGAGGAGAUACUGCAGAGCAGAGUGUUGGAAAUGAAAUUAGAUUUUGGUUUCCUUGUCAAGAGUCUCUGAUUGUAAGCUGAAAUUCAGCUGUAAAUGCAAAUUAUAAUUAUGAGUGCUAUUUUUGUAUCAGCAAUCUAUAGCUAAAGCAAAGUCCUAGGAAGUGUUUCUGUAUUGUCUGUAAAAAAUUGACAUUACAAGGGCAAUAUUUUUCCAUGUGUGAAUAAAAUUUUAAUUAAUUCCCCAACUCAUUGUAAUAGUAUGAUUAAAGUGACCAGAAAUAGUAUACCACAGACCAGUAGGCCAACUUGAAAAUAGGUGUCAGGUAUGGGAAUACAUUAUAUCAUCUUUCUUCAUAUUUUCACCUUAAUCAUUCUCCUUUGAGUUGCGUGAACUUCAAAACUUGACUGGAGGUUUCAUACCAACUAAAAAUCUAUUCCCAUUAUAAGUCAUAAUUUAGAUUGGUCUGUGAAGUAAUUAUGUAAUUCUCUACCACUGCUAAAAAGUACAUGACAAAAUAUCACAAAAUCAAAUAGGAAUUAAUUGUUUCAGCAAAUUCUGUGGCAGAGUCAAAAUUAUAUGUUCAGUUUAAGAUUAUCAAGUGAAUGUACCUAAAGGAAACAUUCGAAUUUAGCUGCAGAAGUUAACUGGCUCACUAAAAUGUCCUUGAUUCAGUCCUAAUGGUUAUCAUGUUUUAUUAGACUUAACUAAAUACAAUUUUUUCCAGAGUAAACAUCUAAAAAAUAUUAUUUCUUUCUAGUAUGUGAGAAAGCAGAGUACAAUGAUUGUUCCUGAAACAUAUCGGCUUUUCCUAUUUUACAUUUAUUGUGUGUGUGUGUGUGUGUGUGUGUGUGUGUGUGUGUGUGUGUGUGUGUGUGUGUGUGUGUGUGUGUGUGUAAUAGCUCUUAUCAUUUUCCUUCUGGCUGGCAGUAUACAAUGAAUUUAAGAAUAAUGAAGCAUAUGCUUUGAAAUUUCACAUGAUCCAAAUGUUGCCUGAGUUCAUAUAAUAGCUAUCAUCACAGAUCAGUGUCAUCUCUAGAUACCAUAAGAUGCAUACAAAUAUGUUAUAUAAGUUGUAUGAAGACAGGGAGUUAAUUAGUUAUGUCAUGUGGAUUCACCAAAUGCUAGUCAGGAAAACCAUACAGAUUAAUAGUACACUUUUAUCUUUGGCAUGGUGCUUGUGAAACAGUCACUAAAUGACAGGCCACAUACAGUGCAGAAGUAAAAGAAAUCUUGAAACAUAUCUAUCUGAAACAAAAUGUGUAUUUCCUUGAUAGCUGCAGGAAGGUUUUUUUGCUUUUAUUGAUGUAUCAAAAAACUAUUUACAUUUCCAAUGAAAAGUAAUUCAAAAGUGAUGACUCCCAUUUUUUAGACAUUCACUUUUUAAAAAUGUUUAUCUCUUCUGUGAACAGCCUUCAGUUUAAUAAUUCUUUCCACACAUCAUAAUACAUGGCACCUUAUGUCAAUCAGUAAUACAGCUUUUGAAUUUCAUGUUAUAAGCAAAAGAAAAAUAUUAAAAAAUUCUCUGAUUGUCUUACAUUCCCUAAGUAGUCAUGAAAAUUUUUAAGUUAUCAUUUCCUGGCAUUAGUUCCAUUUUCCCAGUGAAUAUUAUGAGUUAAUCUGGCAGUUAAAGCACAUGUAUUGUCAUUGUUGUGCAACUAACAAUCUACAGAAUGUUUACUGCCAAUAUAAUAGCUACAGGAAUUAUGAAAAAGUAAGACAUUUUUGCAGUGUACAUCAAAUUCAAUUGAGGUGUGUGAGAUCUGCUUGUUGUACAUGACUGUGCUCCGGUUGAUGGAUUUACAGUAGGCGUUUCAGGAUGUUAAUAUGUAUUUAAUAUUGAGAUAUUGUAAAGUGUAAUAUUGAUGGAAUUAUUUUGUUGUACUUGUUUAUGUAAUAUAAUAGUUAAUAAAAUAUGUUACUAUAA